CCCAUGCUGCCACCUGGCUACCCGCACAACCCUUUAUACUUCAUUAGGUUUCUUGAUCAUAUGAUUAAGGGGGUUAGAGAAGUCUCUGGCAGUUGAUCUAAAUUUCCAGCUCCAUUACCACAUAGGAUUGUUAUGUUAUAGAUAAUUAAAUCCAUCAGAAUGAUUCUUUUCUUGUUUUCCAAGGGAACAACCUUUUCAGAUGCUGAACAUUUAUAGCUAUUAUUUAUUUAUCUUCCUUUUGGUAGAGAAAGCCUCCGAUCAAGCUUUUCAUAUGACGUGAUUAGUUUAAUUUCCUUAGGCUGAUAUUGGGAUUUGAGGAGAAAAUUAUAUUCUUUUUUCCUAGCAAUAUAUUUGCCUUUAAAAGAAAGGAAUUUCUUUGGUGAAUUUGCGGCUGAGAGGUUCAGCAAAGCAACGUAACCAUUCAGUUUAGGAUGUCCCAUGGCACAACAUUCUGCCUAUUGUAGAUUCUCCAGCCUACAAUAUCUACGGACUAGCCCUUGCAAAGAAAAUGCCAUCCCCAUCUAUCCACCCCAUCCGAGUCUUCACAAACUUAAGAGUUGCUACAAUGUCAAAGAAAAUAUCCUGCAUGAUUCCAGGCCUCCAUCUAAUUUUCCUUUCGUUUUUCGUCUCCUGCUCUUACUCAUGCACAUUCACCAUAACCAACAACUGUCCCCAGACCAUAUGGCCUGGUACCCUAGCGGGUUCAGGUUCCCCACAACUCGCAACAACUGGAUUCCAGUUGGACCCUGGCCAGAGCAUACAGAUUCCAGCUGUUCCAGGAUGGUCAGGCCGGAUAUGGGCAAGAACUGGUUGCAAGUUCGACGUGUCUGGCGUUGGCUCUUGCCAAACUGGGGACUGUGAUGGAAAGCUGGAAUGCAAUGGCAUUGGAGCCACUCCACCUGCAUCCCUCUUCGAGAUAACCCUUGGCUCAGGCAAUGACAAGGAUUUCUAUGAUGUAAGCAUUGUAGAUGGCUAUAAUUUGCCUCUAGUUGCUGCACCUCGUGGAGUCCAAGGUGGUUGUAAUGCAACAGGCUGCGCUUCAGAUAUCAACAUGGGUUGCCCAAAGGAGCUCCAAGUGGUUGGUGGAGAUGGUGGGGAAGGAGGGGGAGUAGUUGCAUGUAAGAGUGCUUGCGAAGCAUUUGGACUUCAACAGUACUGCUGCAGCGGAGAGUUUGCCAACCCAACCACUUGCCGCCCUUCCUUUUAUUCAUCCAUUUUCAAGCGAGCUUGCCCGAGAGCUUAUAGCUAUGCCUUUGAUGAUGGUACCAGUACUUUCACAUGCAAGGCCCAUGAUUAUGCCAUCCUUUUCUGCCCUAAUGCUAAGGGGAUUUCUGAUGGUAAGUACCCUGCUGAAGUAGUUCAUAAGUCCAGCAAUCAGGAGGCUGUAAAGAUGGCUUCUUCCUCAAACAUCCUCCUACCAUUUCCAAUGUGGAUUCUUCUCCUCAUCCUCAAUCUAACCCUGCAGAUAUAAAUUGGUACCUCAACAAAGUUGUUAGCACCAAGCAUUCUGCAUAUCAGAUCCUCACUGGAAUGGAUCUAACAGGUUAAAAGCUGACAAACCUUGCAGUGCACAUGGCUGAGAAUGAAUACCGAGAACACUAAGCUUACGUCAAAGUUUAGUUGCUAAUGUAUUCCACUUGAAAAAUGUUGCUGAUUGGAUUGGCACGGUGGUCUAUAUAAACAUAUUACUGUCGGCGGCAAUUUGAGUUUUUUUCCAAAUUGAACAGAUUUUUCUAUUUACAUACAAAUAUGCUGUAUCCAGAAACAAAAGAAAAUAUGCAAUGGCCAUGGACUUUGAAAUUUGAAACUUUAA